UCUCUCUCUCUCUCUCUCUGUUAUACACUCCGACAGACGAUGCCACUCACCUUCCUCUCCCUCUUACCAUUCCCUCCACCUCCACUUUUUCUCUCUACCCACCACUCUCUUUCUCCAAAAUUCCACCACCCAUUUCUCUCUUAUCUCCGCCGAACCCAUUUCACUUCUCUCACCACCACCCCAUUUGCCAUCGGCCCAGAUGGCAAGUUCUAUCCAAACCCAUCGGACGACGACCCACCUGAGGCCCCCGAAGACUCAAUGCACGGCGUCAAUAAGUUCCAGCAAAUCCACCGCCAAGCUGCCAAAGCCCGAAAACACCAAGAAGAACAGUUCAAGAAAGACCAGUCCAUAUUCGUUAACGCCCUUGCCGACGUCGAAGACCCAACCGAGAAUCCCAGUUCCGUUGACAAUGACAAUUCUGGGGACGAUUUGUUCGGGGAGAUCGACAAAGCCAUAGCUUUAAAAAGAAAAGAAUUUGUGAAACAAGGCCUUCUAAAGCCCAAUCCUAAGAAAGAGCAAGAAAUUCUUGAAGGAAUUGAUGAAUUGGAGCCUCAAGAGGUGGUUGAUUUGGAGGAAAUUAAGGAUCUUCAAGGAUUGACUGUGAUAUCUGAAGAGGAUGAGGAUUCGGGGGACGUGGAAAGUUCUGAUAUUGAGGUGAGUGACGAAAUGUUUAAUGGUCAAUUAUCAAAUUUGUCGUCGUUUGAUAUUGAUUUUGAUGGUUUGGAUAUAAAUAAAACUAGAAUAGUCGAACCCAAAUUUAGAAUGUCAUUAGAUGAGCUUUUGGAUGAGAGUAAGAUAGUGCCCAUAUCAGUAUAUGGUAACUUAGAGGUGGAGAUUAGUGGAAUUCAGCAUGAUUCGAGAGUGGUUGAGUCUGGGGAUUUGUUUGUGUGUUGUGUUGGUAGGAAAACUGAUGGGCAUUUGUAUUUAAGUGAGGCUGAUAAGAGAGGGGCUGUGGCAGUAGUGGCUAGUAAAGAGAUUGAUAUAGAGGAGACAUUAGGGUGUAAGGCUUUAGUUAUUGUCGAGGACACAAAUGCAGUGCUAGCGGCAUUGGCUGCUUCCUUUUAUAGGUACCCUAGUACAAAUUUGUCUGUUAUUGGGAUUACUGGGACUAAUGGGAAGACCACGGUUGCAUAUUUGAUAAAGGGGAUGUAUGAGGCAAUGGGAUUGAGAACUGGGAUGUUGAGUACUGUCGCAUAUUAUGUUCAUGGGGAUAAUAAGUUGGAGUCGCCUAAUACGACAGCUGAUGCUGUUUUGGUUCAGAAGUUGAUGGCAAAGAUGGUGCACAAUGGGACAGAAGCUUUGGUGAUGGAGGCUUCUUCUCAUGGACUAGCUUUAGGGAGAUGUGAUGAGGUUGAUUUUGAUAUUGCGGUCUUCACGAAUUUGACAAAGGAUCAUACGGAUUUUCAUGGGACUGAAGAGGAGUAUAGGGAUGCCAAGGCCAGGUUGUUUGCGAGGAUGGUGGACCCACAACGACAUAGGAAAAUUGUGAACAUCGAUGACCCAAGUGCAGCUUUCUUUAUUUCCCAAGGGAACCUGGAUGUACCUAUUGUGACUUAUGCAAUGGAGAAUAAGAAUGCUGAUGUUCAUCCAUUGAAAUUUGAGCUCUCUCUGUUUGAAACCCAGGUUUUGGUGAAUACGCCAAAAGGUAUUUUGGAGAUUUCGUCAGGGUUGCUUGGGAGGCAUAAUAUUUACAACAUUCUCACAGCUGUUGCAGUUGGGAUUGCAGUUGGGGCACCUUUGGAGGAUAUCGUUAGGGGGAUUGAAGAGGUUGAUGCAGUGCCUGGUAGGUGUGAGUUGAUAGAUGAGGAACAGGCAUUCGCUGUGAUCGUAGACCAUGCUCAUACUCCCGAUGCCUUGUCAAGACUGCUUGAUAAUGUAAGGGAGCUCAACCCAAGGAGGAUUAUCACCGUUUUUGGUUGUGUUGGAGAGGGUGAUAGAGGAAAGAGACCCAUGAUGACGAAGGUCGCGACAGACAAAAGCGAUGUAACGAUUCUGACAUCCGAUAAUCCAAAAAAUGAAGAUCCACUGGACAUCUUGGAUGACAUGUUGGCUGGCGUUGGAUGGACUAUGCAGGAUUACUUAAAACAUGGAGAGAAUGAUUACUACCCACCUCUUCCCAAUGGCCACAGACUCUUCCUGCAUGAUAUUAGACGGGUAGCCGUACGUUGUGCUGUUGCCAUGGGUGAGGAAGGUGAUAUUGUUGUGGUUGCCGGCAAAGGCCACGAAACAUACCAGAUGGAAGGUGACAAAAAAGAGUUCUUUGAUGACAGGGAAGAGUGUCGAGAAGCAUUACAAUAUGUUGAUGAGCUUCACCAAGCUGGGAUUGACACGAGUGAAUUCCCAUGGCGGUUGCCAGAGAGUCAUUGAUACAGUGCCAAAAAGAAGCAUUGAAGAUCUUGUGGCUGCUAAAGACGGAGCCAUUAUGGGAGUAUCAGCCCCAUAGCACUUGGAGGAGCAGGUCCCCGUUGAUGCAUCUGGUAUAGAGUGCACUGAUUGAAUUGAUGAGAACCUACAUUUGAAGGCAAAUGGUCGUGUCUAGCCAUAUUUUGGUGCCGCUUUAACUCCUCUGAACACUAUCUUUUUGGCCAUUGCUGUUAAAGAUGCAUUUGCACAACGAACCAGUUCCUGCUCAAAUCUUCAAUGGAUGCGCUUGUAGAGGUCUAAACUAAUUGAUGAAGGGAGUUCUAGCCCAUCUUGUUGACUCUCUAUGAAUUGGGCUCUCUGGGAUCUUGGCCUAUCCUCUGAAGUCGAAUUAAUAUUGUGGAGGGUGGUUAUCGUUAUAGGGAUGUCAUUGUACUCCUGAUAUCUGCUUAAUGUCUCUGAGUUUUUAAGAAAAUGUUUGUUCUCUUUUAGUGCAACUGCAAGAAAAGUACACUGCAAAGUCUGCAAUUGAAGGGGCAUGUGACAUUGUGAAUCUUAAGUUGUUCUAUUGUUGUAAUUCAAUGGC